AGUGGAUUCCUCGCCAUCCACACAGCCUCCAGGGCAGCACCAAGCAGGGAGGUGUUUCCAGUUAUGAACCCCCAGGACAAGCGCAUGCAUGUGUGCACGUAGACACUUGCACAUUACUGGUGGAAGUCUUAAGUCCCAACCUGAAAGAAAGGAGGCCUCCCUGAAACAGGGAAGAAUUUACAUCUGAGAAGCUGGGGGAAGAGAUCAAUUGGCAGGGCUCCACCUGGGCCAUACUGAGUUUUGGCUUCCUCCAUCCUGAUCCCUAAGAGUUUUGUGUUGGCCUGUCAAAACCUGGCUUCAUAUGUUCUCUGCUUUCUCCACCAUAACAGUCUUACCCCUCCGAACUAUGAGCUUGAAGGGUGGGAUGGUGCUAGACCUUGAUGGAAGCCAAAGACAGCGCAGAAGUAACCUUCUUCUAAACUUGACCCUAUUUGCAGCGUUUGAGAUUGAUGCUACUCUGUAGAGAUUGCAGCCAAGGCCUAAGCAGCCCAUCUGGUUUGAAAGUGCUGUUAUUCCUAGACACUCUAAAGACUGCUUACUUCAGCCAUUUCCCCCACUUCCAGGGCCUUCAUCCCCAGCCUGCCCUGCCUCUGCAGACUCACCAGCUUGUUCCUUUUCUGGAAGAUCGCAACAGGCCCUAUCUGGCCCUCAAGCAUGGCUGCCCCAAGUAGUUUAGUAAUUGAGCAGGAAUUGAGACUAGGAGACUGUAGCACAAAUACUCUAGCCCAUCCUGAGACAACAAGACAAAUAGUCUGAAAUCACCUGUAAUUCUGAGUUCUUCACAAUGGACAGCAGCUGUCCAAGAUUUUUGAAAAAGAAAAAGAAAAAAAAAAAAAAAAAGCAGGAGUUACCUGCCCAGACAGACCCAGUUUACUGAGUCUGGAACCUUUACAGCAGAAAGUGGGGUUGGGGAGAAAGUUCUCCCUUGCUACAGUCUGCUACUGCCUUGUUCUUGGUGGGUUUUUUUGUUUUGAUUUUGGUUGUUUUAAAGGGAUCCCUUCCUUGGCAAAAGGAAGAGACUGAAAUGGACUGAAUUACUCCUAUAGACCUGUUGGCUUUGGCCCAUAGAAUUUUAGAAAAAGUUGGGAUUAUGAUACUUAAAAAUUUUGGAAUUUCACACAAAUACAGAUUCCUCGCUUCUCCGGAAAUAAGCAGUUCAGGAUGGAUAGCAGUGAGUAGAUAUGCAGCUAAGGGCUCACAUGCCCUCAUGGCAAUCACAGCAAGGCCCCAAGCGUUGAAAAUGAUGCCAACUUGGGAUCAUUGGAAGGAGUAAAGGAGAGAGGGAAAGACAUUUGGGGAAUGAAUUUUAAGGCAGGGUUUAAAGUUGGAAGGGUGAAGUUGAAGACCAGAGCAGUGUCCGGUGGAGCAGAAGUGAGGAGGCCUGCCAGAAAGGAGGGAUUAUUAUCUCAUUUUAUGGAAGGCUCAGAAACAACAUGGCCCCUUAACAACCAGUUGAUGGUGAUGCCAGGUUGGACCGCCUGCUUCCCAGUGCACUACGCCCAUGUGCACACACUACAGAUGUCCACCGGAUUCCAGAAUCAGCUCCGCAUCUGGGCGCCUCCGGCCCAGGUGCGCAGGAAGGAGGCUGUGGCUGUGUCGCGCAAAGUCCCUCACGGCCGCGAGGUGGCGCCAUAGCUGCAGCAGCACCCGCCGGCCCGGGCCGCUCCAGAUAAGAGUGUGCGGAAAGCGCGGCGGGGCUGAGACGCGACCAGGACGCGGGGAGGACGGACCAGCAGGACAGACCGACCGGGGGCCCGGCGGGCGGAGGGCAGCGCAGCCACGUCCCCCCUGGAUCCGCCGGCAGCCGGGCCCGGGGCUUCCGACAUGCCCCCCAGGAGAUUGUGCUGGGCAGACGAUGCUGGACACGAUGGAGGCGCCCGGCCACUCGAGGCAGCUGCUGCUGCAGCUCAACAACCAGCGCACCAAGGGCUUCUUGUGCGACGUGAUCAUCGUGGUGCAGAACGCCCUCUUCCGCGCACACAAGAACGUGCUGGCGGCCAGCAGCGCCUACCUCAAGUCCCUGGUGGUGCAUGACAACCUGCUCAACCUGGACCAUGACAUGGUGAGCCCGGCCGUGUUCCGCCUGGUGCUGGACUUCAUCUACACCGGCCGCCUGGCUGAUGGCGCGGAGGCGGCGGCGGCGGCCGCCGUGGCCCCGGGAGCCGAGCCGAGCCUGGGCGCCGUGCUGGCCGCCGCCAGCUACCUGCAGAUCCCCGACCUCGUGGCGCUGUGCAAGAAGCGCCUCAAACGCCACGGCAAGUACUGCCACCUGCGGGGCGGCGGCGGUGGCGGCGGCGGCUACGCACCCUACGGAAGGCCGGGCCGGGGCCUGCGGGCUGCCACGCCCGUCAUCCAGGCCUGCUACUCGUCCCCGGCCGGGCCUCCGCCGCCGCCCACCGCCGAGGCGCCGUCGGGCCCCGAGGCCGCGGUGAACACGCACUGCGCCGAGCUGUACGCCUCGGGCCCCGGCCCGGCCGCCGCGCUCUGCGCCCCGGAGCGCCGCUGCUCCCCGCUCUGCGGCCUGGACCUGUCCAAGAAAAGCCCGCCGGGCUCCGCGCCUCCCGAGCGGCCGCCGGGCGAGCGCGAGCUGCCCCCGCGCCCAGACAGCCCUCCCAGCGCCGGCCCCGCAGCCUACAAGGAGCCACCGCUCGCCCUGCCGCCCCUGCCUCCGCUGCCCUUCCAGAAGCUGGAGGAGGCCGGACCGCCUCCGGACCCGUUCCGCGGCGGCGGCGGCGGCAGCCCGGGACCCGAGCCCCCCGGCCGCCCCGACGGGCCCAGCCUCCUCUACCGCUGGAUGAAGCACGAGCCAGGCCUGGGCAGCUACGGCGACGAGCUGGGCCGCGAGCGCGGCUCCCCCAGCGAACGAUGCGAGGAGCGAGGCGGGGACCCGGCCGCCUCGCCCGGGGGUCCUCCGCUCGGCCUGGCGCCGCCGCCGCGCUACCCGGGCAGCUUGGACGGGCCUGGGGCGGGCGGCGACGGCGACGACUACAAGAGCAGCAGCGAGGAGACGGGCAGCAGCGAGGACCCCAGCCCACCCGGCGGCCACCUCGAGGGCUACCCGUGCCCGCACCUGGCCUAUGGCGAGCCCGAGAGCUUCGGUGACAACCUGUACGUGUGCAUCCCGUGCGGAAAGGGCUUCCCCAGCUCGGAGCAGCUGAACGCGCACGUGGAGGCGCACGUGGAGGAGGAGGAGGCGCUGUACGGCAGGGCCGAGGCGGCUGAGGUGGCUGCAGGGGCCGCCGGCCUCGGGCCCCCUUUUGGAGGCGGUGGGGACAAGGUCGCUGGGGCUCCGGGGGGCCUGGGCGAGCUGCUGCGGCCGUACCGCUGCGCGUCGUGCGACAAGAGCUACAAGGACCCGGCCACGCUGCGGCAGCACGAGAAGACGCACUGGCUGACCCGGCCCUAUCCGUGCACCAUCUGCGGGAAGAAGUUCACGCAGCGCGGGACCAUGACGCGCCACAUGCGCAGCCACCUGGGCCUCAAGCCCUUCGCGUGCGACGCGUGCGGCAUGCGCUUCACGCGCCAGUACCGCCUCACCGAGCACAUGCGCAUCCACUCGGGCGAGAAGCCCUACGAGUGCCAGGUGUGCGGCGGCAAGUUCGCCCAGCAACGCAACCUCAUCAGCCACAUGAAGAUGCACGCCGUGGGUGGCGCGGCCGGCGCGGCCGGGGCGCUGGCGGGGCUGGGGGGGCUCCCCGGCGUCCCCGGCCCCGAUGGCAAGGGCAAGCUCGACUUCCCCGAGGGCGUCUUUGCUGUGGCGCGCCUCACGGCUGAACAGCUGAGCCUGAAGCAGCAGGACAAGGCGGCUGCGGCCGAGCUGCUGGCCCAGACCACGCACUUCCUGCACGACCCCAAGGUGGCGCUCGAGAGCCUCUACCCGUUGGCCAAGUUCACUGCGGAGCUGGGCCUCAGCCCCGACAAGGCGGCCGAGGUGCUGAGCCAGGGAGCGCACCUGGCCGCCGGCCCCGACGGCCGGACCAUCGACCGUUUCUCCCCCACCUAGAGCGGUCUUGCCGCCGCGUGGCCCCGGCCCGCGCCCCUAGGCAGCGGCGGCGGUGACCACCGGCAGGCAGGCACACCGCGCCCGACGACUGUAGUAGCUGCGGCAGCGUCGCCGCAGGGGCGGCGGCCCCACCUGGCCUCACUGCUUUGUGCCUUAGCCCGGGGGUGGGGGUGGGGAGAAAACCCCGGGACGGGGGUGGGAUGGGGGAAGGGAGAUUUAUAUUUUUGAUAUCAGCUUUGACCAAAGGAGACCCCCGGCCCUUCUCCGCCUCUUCCUGUGGUUCGUUGGCCCCCUCCCCCGGCUCCGUGCUGCUCUUGGGGGAAGGGAUGUCACUGUUGGGGCGCUCCCAGCCCUACCUCCGGCCCUUGCGACCACACCCAUUCUCACUGUGAAUCUCCCCGCUGGGGUCGGAGCGUCGGGCAGAGUUGGGGAGCGGGGAGGGGACUGAGCCGGCCGGAGGGCCCCCCUCCCCCUCCCCCGCCCGCCCCGGGACUGAUAAUGUGAAGUUCCUCAUUUUGCACAAGUGGCACUAGCCCCAGGGCUAACCUUUCCCUCCCUCUGGAGUCAGAGGGCUGAGACAGCCCUGGCCUACCGGUCUCCCACUCCCGCGGUGGUCCCCCCCUCCCUUCCCUGGGGCCCCGGACCAUAUUUAUUGCAUGCGCCCUGGGCGGCCCCCCCAACCCCGAGCCCAGGCUGGGCUGGGCUGGAACGUGGUCUCUUUAGCUCCCUCCUCCUCGUUUGUAUAUUUCCUACCUUGUACACAGGCUCUUCCAGAGCCGCUUCCAUUUUCUAUACUCGAACCAAACAGCAAUAAAGCAGUAACCAAGGACCCUGGACCCAGCGGAUCUCUUCGCCCUGCACAAGGAGCUGGGUGGGCUGCACCGGGGUGGGUGCAGGGGCCAGAAGCAGCACCCUCGUAUAGGUGCGGUGGCUUGGACCUUCCCUCCCCGGUCCCAGAGACAGAUCAGCAAGAGCUCAGGUAUGUUUCAUAACUAAAAAUUUAUUAAGGAAACAAAUCCAGUGCUGCAAAUGGGACAGAAAGGAGAGAUGGUGUCUCCCACCCACCCAGUCGCCAGCCUUCAUCCAGGGGAAAGGAUCUCAAAGGAGAGGCCAGGGACCCUAGACCCCAAAAAGCCCAGUCUUCUGAGGCCCUGGGGGACUCACAGCCCCAAAUCGUCGGCCGUGGCUCUCCUGUACAGUUCCCCCUCCUUCUGGCAUAAUCUCGGGCCUCCGGGAGGGCACUGCCUUGCUCCCAUCCUCUGGGCAGGCUGUAUAGUCAGAUGAGGGUGCUCUGGGGGAUUCCCCUACUGGUCCCAUCAAAACUUACUCCUGGCUCCGCCUCCAAACCCUGUCUUUCCCUAAGUCCCCCUCCAUCCCUGUCCCUGGGUUGGGAGAACGCUUUCCCAGUAGGAAGCCUCCUGAGUGAAGCUUUGAACACAGGUGUCAGCUAAAGAGGCAACAAAAAACUCCAAGGCCAAAGGGCCCCUGGGUCAAGUUCUUCUAGGGCAAAGCUAGAAACAGGGUGCAAACUCCAGGCUAGGCAAUGCUGCUCCCAGGCACUGGCCCACCCUACCCUCCCUCAGGCUGGGCUGGAGGAGCCUGGAAGUAUCCCAGAGCACGGGGGCCUGGGAAAGGUGGUCAGCGGCAGGAACGCUUUCUUAGGUUCCUGCCACAGGUACCGCAGGAGAAGGAUUCAGAGUGAGAGCCUCCAUGGCAAGGAACUGAGGGACCAGGAAGGUGAGAGGG